AUGAAAUGCCAUCAUUGUUUCCACAAGCUACCAGAAUAUUAUACGCUCUUAAGGACAAAGGAAUUGAUAUGGCUAUUGCUUCUAGAUCACCAACUCUUGGGAUAGCAACAACAUUUCUUGACAGAUUGGGAAUCCGAUCCAUAUCUGUGGCUGAGGAGAUAUUCUCCAGUUGGACACACAAAACGGAGCAUUUCCAAAGAAUUCAUAGGAAAACUGGGAUACCAUUUGAUUCAAUGCUUUUCUUUGAUGAUGAGGAUAGGAAUAUUGAAGUGGUCUCGAAAAUGGGUGUUGUUGGGUGGUGCUGGGUUUCAGGGGAUGGGGAUGGUGGUGGUGGUUGGGUGUUUGGCGGUGGUGUUGUGCGGUGA